UCUGAGUCCCGCCCCGCCAGCCCGUGCCAUCUUGUGUUUAGCAAGAACAAAAACGGGGGAAGAAAACACGCCCGGCCCGGGGACGGGGCGCGGAUUUUCAGGCUGCUUUUUAGGCGUGUUUUUCAGAAAAGUUGGUGCAGCUGGACAGUAUGCUCGGAGGAGCAGCGGCGUGGAGAAACAGCAGCCACACCCCGCAGGACGGCUCCGGUUAACGUUAGCUCUCAGGCUAUCCGAGCUAAGCUAACCAGUUAGCAGCGGCUAAGAUCGCAGGACGAAGGCGAGCUUCGAGUCUGAGCCGGUCUGUGACAUCUGGAAACCCCGCAUUAACUUCACAAAUAUCAGCAGUGACCUGGGUGGAAAUGCCCCGGACGUGGUGGUGACUGUUUGCGGAGAGGGAUUCCGGGCUAUGAGGAUUGAGGUCCACUGUUAGCUCGGCUGCUAUCGGUUGUUUUUCGGUUCAGAGCGGAACCACAAUAAGCCGCGGCCCUGGCCAUGCCCUCGAAUGCGCGGGCGGGCAAUCUGAAGGACCCCGAGGUGGCUGAUCUGUUCUGCAAAGAUGACCCGGAGAAGCUGUUCACCGACCUCCGGGAGAUCGGCCACGGGAGCUUCGGAGCGGUGUACUUUGCCCGAGACGUGAGCAACAAUGAAGUGGUGGCCAUCAAAAAGAUGUCGUACAGCGGCAAGCAGACCAACGAGAAAUGGCAGGACAUCAUCAAAGAGGUGAAGUUCCUGCAGAAGCUUCGCCACCCCAACACCAUCGAGUACCUGGGCUGCUACCUGAAGGAGCACACGGCAUGGCUGGUGAUGGAGUAUUGCCUCGGCUCGGCCUCAGACCUCCUUGAAGCCCACCGCCAGCAGGGGUCACACUCUCCUCUCUCCUGCAGGGACGUGAAGGCAGGAAACAUCCUGCUGACGGAGCCGGGUCAGGUCAAACUGGGGGACUUUGGCUCCGCCUCCAUCGUGUCUCCGGCCAACUCCUUCGUGGGGACGCCAUACUGGAUGGCUCCGGAGGUGAUCUUGGCCAUGGACGAGGGCCAGUACGACGGGAAGGUGGACGUCUGGUCCCUGGGCAUCACCUGCAUAGAGCUGGCGGAGAGGAAACCCCCCCUGUUCAACAUGAAUGCUAUGAGUGCCUUAUACCACAUCGCUCAGAACGAAAGCCCCGUCCUGCAGUCCAAUCACUGGUCCGAUUCCUUCCGCAGUUUCGUCGACUCUUGCCUACAGAAGAUUCCCCAGGACCGGCCUACCUCGGACGUGCUGCUCAAUUACUCGAGCCGACCUGCUGAGUCCUUGAACCUCACCACCGCCUUCCUCCAGGUGACCCGUCAGAUCCAGGAGCACGAGCAGGGCUCGGCGCUGCGUGAGCAGAUGUCCGGCUACAAGCGCAUGAGGCGGCAGCACCAGAAACAGCUGAUGAGCCUGGAAAACAAGCUGAAGGCGGAGAUGGACGAGCAUCAGCUGAAGCUGGACAAAGAGCUGGAGAACCAGAGGAACACGUUCUCCACAGAGGCCGACAAGCUGGCCAAGAAGCACCAGGCCAUCCUGGAGAAGGAGACGAAAGCUGCUCUGACGGAGGAGAAGAAGUUCCAGCAGCACAUCCUGGGCCAGCAGAAGAAGGAGCUCACCAGUUUACUGGACUCACAGAAACGCCAGUACCGCCAGCGCAAGGAGCAGCUGAAAGAGGAGCUGAGCGAGAACCAGUCGACUCCGAAGCGAGAGAAGCAGGAGUGGCUGGUGCGUCAGAAGGAGUGUCUGCAGCAGAUGCAGGCGGAGGAGGAGGCCAGCCUGCUGCGGCGCCAGCGGCAGUACUACGAGCUGCAGUGCCGCCAGUACAAGAGGAAGAUGCUGCUGGCUCGCCACAACCUGGAGCAGGACCUGCUCAGAGAGGAGCUGAAUAAGAAGCAGACGCAGAAGGACCUGGAGUGCGCCAUGCUGCUGCGCCACCACGAUGUGGGGAUUGAACUGCUGCUUCUCGCCCGUGGACACUCGACACGUUUCCUUCUGUUUCAGUCCAAAGAGCUGCAGGUCAAGCGUCAGUUCCAGGAGACCUGCAAGAUCCAGACCCGUCAGUACAAAGCUCUGAGGAACCACCUGCUGGAGAGCACUCCAAAGUCCGACCACAAGGCCGUCCUCAAACGCCUCAAAGAGGAGCAAACACGUAAGCUGGCCAUCCUGGCCGAGCAGUACGACCACUCCAUCAACGAAAUGCUGUCCUCUCAGGCUCUGCGGCUGGAUGAGACGCAGGAGGCGGAGUAUCAGGUCCUGCGCAUGCAGCUGCAGCAGGAGCUCGAGCUGCUGAACGCCUACCAGAGCAAGAUCAAGAUCCACACGGACACGCAGCACGAGCGCGAGGUCAAGGACCUGGAGCAGAGGGUGUCGAUCCGCCGGGCGCUGCUGGAGCAGAGGAUCGAGGAGGAGAUGCUGACUCUGCAGAACGAGCGCUCCGAGCGAAUCCGAACGCUGCUCGAGCGCCAGGCUCACGAGAUCGAGGCCUUCGACUCGGAGAGCAUGCGUCUGGGAUUCAGCAACAUGGCGCUGACCGGCAUCCCGGCAGAGGCCUUCAACCAGGGCUACCCGACCCCCAGCCCGUCCUCGGGCUCCGGCGGCUGGCCGUCGCGGCCCGUACCGCGCUCCGGCAGCCAUUGGAGCCACAGCGUGCAGAACUCUGUGACGACUCCAUCCUGGCGCAGCCAGAAUCACGGCGGCGGAGGCUUCAGCCGCGCCGAGUCCAUCGCCUCGUCUCACGUCCUCGGCAGGGAUGGCGAGAUGAGCAAGAGCCGGGUCCACUCCUCCUCCCAUCACCAGCAGCACUACCUCCCCCAGCACUACCAACACCACCAGAGCACGCCGCAGCUCUACCGCGAUGCCCACGAGCGCGACUCCAGGGAGCGGGACCGCUCCAGGGAGUGGGUGGGAGGAGGUGGCCACUACGCCCAUCACUCCCAGGUCCACCACCUCUCCUCCCACGCCUCCUCGCAGUCCCUGGCCCUCCUGCCUCCGCCACCUCCGCCUCCUCCCAUCGCCCUCUCCACCUCCUCCCCUCCCUCCUCCACCUCCUCGUCCUCUUCCUCACAGGGCGGCUACGGCGGCGGCGGUCUGAGUGUCAGGGGCCCCAGCCUGAUGGCGCUCAGGAACAGCCCUCAGCCGCUGAGGCGGACAGCCUCCGGGGGGCCAGGCGGCGGGGGCAGCGACGGCGGGUUGACCCGGAGCACAUCGGUCACCUCGCACAUCUCCAACGGCUCUCACCUCUCCUACUCGUGAAUCCGGCGCCGGUCUUAGUCUGGGGGCGCCGUCCUGCUUCUCUCAGGGGACACAGAAGCAGAACGGCGCCAUGUUGACCGUUUCGGUCUUCAGCGCUUCAAUCCUGAAAACAAACAUGUCACAAGUUUUAAAAAAUCUAUUUUGAACGCGCCCUUUAUGCGCAGUUACUGCAGCUGCACGGGGGCAGCGAUCCAAUCAACACGUCCGGCUACCACGACGCCAACGCGUCGACGAGACAGAGCGACGGCUGUGCAGCUUCCACUCGGCUCGCAGUGCUUUAAAAACCACUGUAACUAUGUACAUAACUGAACUGUAGACGCCGUUUCUGGUUCCUGAGUGUUUCAAACAUUCAGGGCGGGGGGCGGGGCUUGAAGGCGGCGGUGUACAGGCGGCGACCGAGGGAAGAUUUCUUAAAAUCAACUUUUAUUUGUAGUGCUAAGAUUCUGUACACGACGAUAAAAACAAACACUGCCAUCUUUCUGUUGACCCGAGACAAACCUACCACUGCCCGUGUCGCCGCGAGUCGCCUCGGCGUCAGCGCGCUCCGUACAGGAAGCCCCUCCAUCUUUGUUUUUCUUGUGUUCAAACAACCCAGUUUACGAGAUCUCUGCGUAGUGAAGUUUACACUUGUCUCUGAGGCAGAUGUUCUACUUCCUGUUGAUCAGGUCAGCAGGGGGCGCUGUGAGUGGUCAGCGA